AUGCAGAGACCUCUGCCCUGCGAUUUCACAAGCGUCCCUCCCCACCCUCUCAUAUAUGCUUCGCUGGAACCUGCACACUCACCCCAUCGACUACGACGCAUAGACCUUCACCGACCGCGAACGAAGUACACGGUGGGGCGGGGUCCUCUCAACGACUUUGUGCUAGGGGAAGAAUAUUCUGGGCAGAUUGACUGGACGCACUGCACGCUUUUGAGUGACGAGCAAGGCGAUGUGCGUAUAGUCGACAACUUCACGACGAACGGUAUAUGGGUCGAUCUUCGGCGCCUAGCGCCAGGCGAAUCUUGCAUACUGAGAGAUGGGGACUCCGUCCGCUUUGGUUUAUGCGCCCUCACCCAUUGCAACCCGAGUAACUAUAUGACGAAAUCAUACGCGAGGGGCACCAACCACUGUUAUACCUUCCACUCGUUUGUCACGAAGGACCCCCCUGGCCUAUCUCCCUCAGACUUCGAGCUUCGAAAACAGACGCGAGAGCUGGAGAGCAGCAAGCUCAGUGUUUUGCAGGAACGCCUACGCUUAGAUCGCCAGCUACAGAACAUCGAAGAAGAGCAACGUCGAAUCACUCUAUCAAUGCGGGAGGUACCACCCACGAAGGACCCUGAUACGGUGAAGAAUGCGCAGUCUCGCUACGACAUGUAUGCGAUGGGAAUUCGUCGACAUUAUCCGGAUUUCUUUCCUCCAGACGUGCGCGACUUUCGGCCGCAGCCCUGGCUCCCCCCCGACGUGAGCAGUGAAGAUGAAGAGAACGGGGCCCUCUUUAACAUGUAUCGCUCAUUUGGAGCGCCACCGAACAAGCGCCCUCCUCCCCUCGAGAACAACUACCGGGUAUUUGAAUUCACGAGGGUCAUCCACCACGACGACGCACCUGACUGGUCCCAUCCCGACAUCGUCUGGGGAGAACUGCAGUGUUUGAACCUGAGCAAGCCGUUGAACGUGCCCCCGUCUAUCAUCUUCUGGUCCAUAGUCCAUCGCCUGCCCGUCUACAUGCAUCCCGACUAUCGCUCCAUGGCGGGACGUGGACCCUAUGCGCAUCCGCAUGCGGUCAGUGAAUACGUCUUCUCCGACGAAUCCGCUGCGCAAUCCCGCAUUGAUCUCGGUCUUCCGCCGCUCGAGAACCCGUAUCCCCUUCGCCCUGCCAAAGCUAUGCAAGUAGCGAAAGGAAGAACUGUUGGGAAGGAGAGCGAGAUCGCAGAGCGCGUAGCUCUUCUCCAAAAGAAGGGCGAACUGCCUGCCACGCCUGCCACAGCUCAAUCUUCAGCCGCAACAACUUUUCACGAAAGUGGUCUAUCGCCAAAGCCAACAUCUACGUCUUCCAAGCGCCCGCGCGUGAGCGAUGUAGAACUCCCUUCCGAAAGCGUUACCGAACCCGCUCGCAACUCUUCGUCUUCACCUUCGCCUUCUGAUGAUAAGCAUGCAUCUACGGACUCAUUGCACUCGUCAGAUAUCAAGUCGGACGGUGUCAUUGAUCCAAGCACCACAGCAACGGCCAGCCGGUCCGCCCCGCCCCGCGCCCCCAAACGUCGCAAAACCUCACAUUCGCCCGCUCCGAGUCCCACUGCUUGUAGCACACCCGCUUUCACAUCGGAUGAACCCAAGCAUAUCCCUCGCAUGUCACCGGAGCCUCUGACCCCUACAGAAGAGCCUUCUAUCUCAGCCAUCGUAUCCGAACCGCACCCUAUUGAGCCCGCUCACCCGAGUGCCGAUUCAGAACCGGAGGACUCCGUCGUUGCAGGAGAAACGGCGUCAGAGGCGGUUCCGGAUUCUCAUACUACACCUACGCGCACUGCGACUGAUGAUUGA